AUGUUAAAAAUAGUUCAUGAAGGUCACAUGGGGAUUGAAAGAUGUAAAAAUUCAAUAAGAGAUUUAAUAUUUUGGCCUACCAUAAAUUCUGAUAUAAAAAAUAUUGUUGAAAAUUGUGAGUUAGGAACUGAUUUAUUUCACUUUGAUAAUAAAAUAUAUUUAUUGGUGGUAGACUAUUAUUCUAAAUUUAAAGAAAUUGCACAUUCAACAUCAGGAUUUACAAGUACUUCUGUUAUUCAACAUCUAAAAUCAAUGUUUGCUAGAUUUGGAAUACCAUUUUCAAUAGUGUCUGAUAAUGGUCCACCAUUUAGUUCAUUAGAAUUUAAACAGUUUAUGUCUGAAUGGGAUAUAGAACAUAUCACUUCAAGUCCACAUUAUUAUCAAUCUAAUGCUUUAAUGCAUAAUCGAAAUUCUCCUAAAGGUAAUUUAUGUUCUCCAUCUCAACUAUUAAUGUCAAAAUCAAUUAGAACAAAAUUACCUGUUCCCAUAGAUAACUUAAAACCUAAAUUAACUGAAUUAAUUGGUGAAAAAGUUGUAUUUAAAUUAGCACCCAAUGGUCCUUGGAUUAAUGGUAAAGUGAUUCAAAUUGAUAAACAUCCUAGAUCUUAUGUAAUUGAAGGUGAAAAGGGGGGCAAUUAUAGAAGAAACAGAAAACAUUUAAUAACUUGUGCUUCAACCACUUCUAGAAAAAAUAAUUAUGAACAACCUAACUUAAAUUUAAACAUAGAUAAAAAAUCUACUCGUUCUGGUAGAACAAUAAUUAAACCUAAACGGUUAGAUUUAUAA